AUGUGUAUAGCCAUAGCUACAACCAAUCAUCCAGAAUAUCCGUUUAUUUUACUUUCCAAUCGAGAUGAAUUUUUCAAACGACCAACCAUGCCAGCACAUUUUCGAGAUGUGGGGAAUGGAGUCAAAUUAUUAUCACCAUUAGAUCUUGCCAGACAAGAACACGGUACUUGGAUAGGUGUAACCACCAAUGGGAAAAUUGCCGUACUAGUCAAUUAUAGAGAGAAUGAUCAAAGAGAGGCUAUUAGUGAAGUUUCACGAGGAAUAUUACCAUUGGAUUAUUUAUGUGGUAAAGAACUGGAUAAUGAAUGGAAAGAUAAUUUAGCAGCAACAUUUCGUGAUGGCCGAAAUACCAUUGAUUUAAAGAAAAUUGGAGGGUUUUCAUUAUUAUAUGGGAAAUUGUCUAUAAAUCCCCAAACUGGUAAAAUUCAUCAUUUGAAUAUACUUAGUAAUCGAGGUGAUCAAGGUAAAGUAUUUAAAUCAAAAGAAACCAGUAAAGACAAUGCCAAUGGGGAAAUUAAUCUCAGCAAUGAUACCUCUGAUACUGAGGAUGAUGAUAUACCUCAUAAGACAACAUUUGGAUUAUCAAAUUCAUUAUAUAAUAAACCAUGGGAUAAAGUCAAAUUGGGAGAAUCACUAUUGAGUAAACUUAUUGAUGAAUCCAUAAUAAACAAUUAUAGUCAAGAUCAAUUAAUUGAAAAAUGUUUCCAAUUAUUAUCUCAUGAUACAUAUAAUUCAAAAAUUCUUUAUAGUGAUGAUUUUGAAAAAAAAUUUGCAGAAUUAAAAUAUUCAAUUUUUAUUCCUCCAAUUGUUCGAAAUAAUUAUUAUGAAACUGAUUCCGUGGCGGUUGGGAAAUAUUACGGAACAAGAACUCAAACAAUUAUAUUAUUGGAUAAAUAUGGGAAUCUUAAUUAUUAUGAAAAAAAUAUUCAUAAUUCUGAUGAUAUUGAUUUGAAAGAUGUUGAUAUUACUUCACAUUAUAAAUUUAAUAUUUUUAAUGAUCAAAAAAAUGGGUGUUAA